AUGGAUACUGACCAAAGCCUCCUCCUUUUCACCAGCCCCAACACCCCGGAAUAUGCUAACCUUCAUGUUGCAGCACAUAAAGACAUGAGAGUAUUUAUAGGUACUGAAUGGAUUCUCCUUCUCAUCGCCUCCUUCAUGUCCUUCUUCUCAACAGCCACAAUCUUUGCAUCAGCAACAACGAAAAAUGGCAAAAUAUUCUCCUUAAAGGACUUGUUUUUCACCCCAGCAAGUUCAUUGAAGAGACCAUUCCUUACUUUGCUUUACAUAACUCUCUUUGGUCAGCUUUCGAUGGUUACGUGGCUGUUGUGGACUUUAGCUCUUGUUGUUUUAGUGCUUGAAGAAGGCUAUGGAAUUGAGGCCCUUGAGAAGGCUGCAAAUAUUGUUAAAGGCAUGGAAAUGCAUGGAUUUCUCGUUAAUAUUGCAAUCACAAUUCUGUCUUUUAUUGUGCUAGAAGGGUUUAGAUUGAUGAAUUUCAAAGAUUUUGCAGGAGUUGAAGUGAUAAUUGGAUUGCUUAUAUUGAAUUCUCUCUGGGCUUGUUAA